AGUGGGAAGCCGCCAUAUUUGUUGUUUGUGGUCGAGUGAGCGGUGUUUUUAGGUUCAAAAAAAUUGUACAUUCUCUGUAAAAAUCGUAAAAUGCCUCCGAGAUUAAAACAUAUUGAAGUGGAAAACUUCAAGUCAUACAAAGGGCAUCGAAUAAUCGGACCUUUAAAACCUUUCAAUGCUGUAAUCGGUCCCAAUGGCUCAGGCAAAUCCAAUUUUAUGGACGCAAUUAGCUUUGUUAUGGGUGAAAAGACCCAAAGUUUGCGUGUUAAGAGAUUGAGUGACCUUAUUCAUGGAGCUGCUAUUAGCAAACCCAUAUCAAGGAGUGCCUCAGUUGCAGCUGUUUUCGUUCUGGAUGAGGAAAGUGGCAAAGAAAUCUGCUUUCAGCGCUCUGUGCAAGGUUCUUCAUCUGAAUACAGAAUCAAUGGAACUGUCGUAUCAAAUAAUGAAUAUCUAACUGAAUUAGAAAAAUUACGCAUUAAUGUAAAAGGAAAGAAUUUUUUGGUCUUCCAAGGGGCAGUAGAAUCUGUUGCAAUGAAGAAUCCUAAAGAAAUGACCGCACUUUUUGAAGAAAUUAGCGGUUCUGGUGCCUUAAAAGAGGAAUAUGAUCGUCUUAAACAACAAAUGCAGAAAGCACAAGAGGAAAUUAAUUUUGCUUAUCAGAAAAAGAAAGGGAUAAAUGCUGAACGCAAAGAAGCAAGACUUGAGAAAGAAGAGGCCGAUAAAUAUGCUCGACUUAAAGAUGAUUUGAAUGACAAACUCGUGGAACACCAACUUUUCCGUUUAUACCACAACGAGCGUGAAAUGAAAAAUUUGGAAAAUGAUUUAAAACACAAACAAAGAGAAGUGGAAAAAAUUGAAAAGAAAAAAGAAAAAGCGGAGGAGGUUUUAAAAGAAAAGAAAAAAGAACAAGGCAAAUUUAACCGUGAAUUAGCAAAAAUUGAACAAGAUAUUCGCGAAGUUGAAGUUGAAAUUUCCAAGAAGCGGCCCCAGUUUAUUAAAGCGAAAGAGCGUGUGUCUCACAUGCAGAAAAAAUUGGACGGGGCCAUAAAGACUUUGGAACAAGCGAGAAAAGCCCAUGAAGCCCAUAUGAAUGAUAUUAAAAAGUUAGAAGACGAAUUAGCGGAAGUUGAAAGAGCUAAAGAAGAAUAUGAAAGUCAGAUUGCAGGAGAGUCACAAAGUCAAGGCAGAGAUGUGCAUCUUGAAGAUGAACAGGUUAGGGAAUAUCAUAGAUUGAAAGAAGAAGCCGCUAAGAGGUCGGCAAGAUACAUGCAAGAGUUGGAUUCUGUCAACAGAGAACAGAAAUCAGAUCAAGACAGACUUGACAACGUUUCAAGAAUGAGGACUGAUGCGGAAAACAAACAUAGGCAGAAAUGUCACGAGAAAGAGGAAAUGGAGAAAAGAAUUGAGAAAUUAGCUGAACAUAUCCGGUUGAGUGAGCAGGCUUUGCAAGACCAGAAACAACUGCGUUCUGAUUUGCAAUCAGAUGUUGGGUCAUCAAAAGACCGCGUCCAUGAAAUUCAGAAACAACUAGACGAUGUUUUAGAACAAUUGGGAGAUGCAAGAACUGACAAACAUGAAGAUGCAAGAAGGAAGAAAAAACAAGAAAUUGUUGAGCGCUUCAAAAGCAACUAUCCUGGAGUGUAUGAUCGCAUGAUUAACAUGUGCCAACCCAUCCAUAAAAGAUAUAACGUCGCCAUUACUAAAGUUUUGGGUAAAUUUAUGGAAGCCAUAGUUGUUGACAGCGAACAUACUGCUAGACAAUGCAUUAAAUACCUCAAGGAACAAAUGUUAGACCCUGAAACGUUUCUUCCUCUCGAUUACUUGCAAACGAAACCUGUCAAAGAAAGAUUGAGGAAUAUUACAGAACCAAAAGGUGUUAAGCUUUUGUAUGACGUUCUCCAAUUUGAACCUCAAGCUGUAGCUCAUGCUGUACUUUUUGCUACUAAUAAUGCUUUGGUUUGCGAAACUCCUGAAGAUGCAAUGAAAGUAGCAUAUGAAUUAGGUGGACGCUAUGAUGCUGUAGCUCUUGAUGGUACUUACUACCAAAAAUCCGGUAUAAUUUCCGGUGGUAGUUUAGACUUGGCAAGAAAAGCAAAAAGGUGGGAUGAGAAGCACAUUUCCCAGUUAAAGGCCCAAAAAGAAAAACUUACAGAAGAACUCCGAGAUGCUAUGAAAAAAUCGAGGAAAGAAUCUGAGCUGAAUACGGUCGAUUCGCAAAUUCGGGGCUUGGAAACUAGGCUGAGAUAUGCUAAAACUGAUAUGGAGAGCACAAUGAAACAAAUCAACGCUGUCGAUGCGGAGUUAGCCAAGUUAUCAGAAGAAAUGGAAAAAUAUGGGCCGAAAAUUGAAGAAAUCGAAAAAACAAUGCAAACGCGUGAACAUCAAAUUGAAGAAAUCAAACUGCAAAUGAACAGUGUGGAAGAUGUUGUUUUUUCGAAAUUCUGUCAAGAAAUCGGUAUUCGAAACAUCCGUCAGUAUGAAGAUCGCGAGUUGCGGGCACAAGAAGAAAGAAAACAGAAGAGAUUGGAAUUCCAGAAGCAAAUCAAUAGAAUUACCUCUAAUCUCGAAUUUGAACGCAGCCGCGAUACGCAGAAUAAUGUAAGUCGAUGGGAACGAACCGUAAAUGAUGAAGAAGAACGUCUGGAAACUUGCAAGAAACAGGAACAGAAACAACGUGAAGAAAUUGAUAAAGAUUUGCAACAAGUCGAACAGUUGAAAGCACAGAGACUUCACAAGAAACAAGAGGUUGAUAGCAUGGAAGAAGAGUUGGGAAAGGCAAGGAGAGAAGUGGGAAGUAUAGCGAAAGAUGUCCAAGCAGCCCAGAAGUCUGUAGUCUCUCUAGAAACGAAAAUCGAAGGGAAAAAGAGCGAAAGACACGCGAUUCUCAUGCAGUGCAAGAUGGACGAUGUGGCUAUUCCAAUGAUUGUGGGCAACAUGGAGGACAUAGUGGCCUCAGAUCCAUCUCAAAGCUCUUCCGGUGAUACCAGUAGCACGGUUCAGCAAUACGAGAAAGAAGCCAGAAUCAAAAUCGACUACAACAUGUUAUCUGACACUCUGAAAGACCUUGAGGAAAAAGACGAAAUCAAGAAAAUGGCUGAUAAACUCCUCAGCUCGAUAAAAAGUCUCCAAGAUACUCUCACUAAAAUUCAAGCACCCAACAUGCGUGCUAUACAGAAACUCGAGCUCGCCCAAGGCAAACUUCAAUCCACGAAUGAAGAAUUCGAAAAUUUGCGUAAACAGAACAAAAAAGCUAAAGCAGCUUUUGAAAAAAUGAAACAGCAACGAUAUGAAAGGUUCACGCGAUGUUUUGAUCAUGUGUCGAACGAAAUCGAUAAUAUUUAUAAAGCUUUGGCACAGAAUCAAUCAGCUCAGGCCUUUUUGGGAGCAGAAAAUCCCGAAGAACCGUAUUUGGACGGAAUUAAUUAUAAUUGUGUGGCUCCAGGGAAGAGGUUUCAGCCGAUGUCGAACUUAUCAGGUGGUGAGAAAACAGUUGCAGCUUUGGCUUUGCUCUUUGCUAUACAUAGCUAUCAACCCGCACCAUUUUUCGUGCUUGAUGAAGUUGAUGCCGCUUUAGAUAAUACGAAUAUUGGUAAAGUUGCCAAGUAUAUAAGAGGGAAGACGGAAUCUUUGCAAACCAUAGUUAUUUCGUUGAAGGAAGAAUUUUAUUCACAUGCUGAUUCUUUGAUUGGGAUUUGCCCUCAGCCUGCUGAAUGUUUAGUAAGUCAAGUUUUGACAGUUGAUUUAACAAAAUAUCCAUAAAUGUAUUACUUACUGUAAGUUUUUAAGUUUUUUUUUUGCUUCAAAAGUUUCAAUUCAAUAAACUGUUUGCGUACUA